AGUCCCGAGUUCCCAGGUCGGGUAAAAAGAGCGCGUCAGGGCGCAAGAGGAUGCGGUAGACGCGCCGCUCAGGCUGUCACUGCCACGCAUCUCUGCGGGAGAGAAGUCACUGUUUCUGCUUUCCACGCUUGCUAUUACAACCGGACAUCACUUGCCUCGUCGCUAAACGAAAUAUAGGUUUGAUUUUGGAUCCUAUUUGAGUGGAGAGAUGCGCCUGUGCUGCCCCGCCGGCAGCUGCGUCCCUCCGGCGUGGCUGUGCCUGCUGCUCCUGCUGCUGCCGGUGCAGGUCCAGUCCCGGGACACUCUGCUGAGAGCACACCGACACAGGUUGAGUUCAUCCAGAAUCUCUAACUACCCAAAGCCAUCCUACACCAGCAUCUUACCAACUGUGUCAGAUCUCUCCGUUGCCAUCAACAACCGAGUCCCCCAGGAGGACAGGCAUAUCAUCCGGAGGGCCCCGCUGCACAAGGAUCCCUCUCCAAAGCUGUCUAACCUGCUGCUUUACCGCAGCUACAAUGUUCAACCGGAGGCACCGGUCUUGCAGCGUGGCUCGCGGGGUCGUCGUCACGCCAGCGGCGGUGGUGGAAGAGGCCAUGGCCACCUGAUGAGGGUCGGCUGCGUCCUCGGCACCUGUCAGGUGCAGAACCUCAGCCAUAGGCUCUACCAGCUGAUUGGACAGAGCGGGAGGGAAGACUACUCCCCCAUCAACCCCCGCAGUCCUCAUAGCUACGGUUAAGAUCUGCGUUUGUCAGCAACCGUCAGCAAAUCAUCUAGUUGCUGUGUUGGACGAAUGAUGCAGAUGAGGCCAAAACAGGCCAAUGAUGUCAGCCCUGAAAAUAAUCAUUACGGUUUAUUAUUACCUGGGUCUUGCUUUCAUAGUUGGGGCGGUCGUCAUCUCUGUAAAUAACUAUGCUCACCAAGUUCAUUGCUGACAUCUGGCAAAUGUGGCAACAUGACCAGCAGCAACGGGUUAAAUUAAAUAUUACAAGAUAUAUUUGCAGCCAGAGAAUCAGAUUUUAAACAAACUAAGAGGAAAUACUGAACACUGCCAGGCUAGGGUGACACGAUGGGAAAUAACCUGGAAAACCUUUUAAGUUGUGAAAUAAGAACCUUAUUGACCAACGGAGGGUUUUUAUUAACCUGUUGUUUCUCUUUGUCUUGUGUCUUCACUUAGCUUUGAAUAUGUUAAAGAUUAUGACCACGAUUAUCAGUUUGUAGUAGCUGGCGAUGUCGUUACUCAUUAUGAUCUUCUGCUUAGUUAGUGGAUUGCUGUGAAGUUGACAAAAGUUAUGCAUCCCACUUAGUGUUGGUUUGAAAAGGGCAUUGCUUGAUGGGCAUUUAUCCUCCUUACUGAGCCGGCAUGGAAGCACACAUAAGUACCAGUUUAAACAUGGAUAUAUUUAUUGUGACAACAGUGUAAAAAUAUUUCUAAAGCUAUUAGGUGGUAGGGAUGGGAAUUGAUCAGAUUUUUACGAUUCCAAUUCCAUUUUUGAUUCUGCUCAACGAUUCGGUUCAUUAUCGAUUUCCUCAUUUGGAAAAAAAGGACAACAAUAAGGCAAAUGGCACUAAUAUGAUAGGCUGUGUCCGUUAGUUAAUUAGUUACCUGCAGUAUUGUUAGCCAUGGACAUGCUAACGGUGCUGCUGCUGCUGGGUUGAGAAUUACUGACGUUAGCCCAGAGUGGGUCGAAAACAGGAAAUUCAUUGAUUGUUGUAGCAUGCUGCGUAUGCUAAUGUUUUUGCAUGUUAGUAUUUCCUCCCUUUGACGAAAUAUUCACUUGGCAAGUAUUUCAAGUUGCCCUGUUGUCAUCUUUUUUACUGAAAUGUAACCAGACUUUUGAGCGUUUGUAUCGCUUGCGCGCCAUGUUGACUGUGACGUGCGUGAUGACGCCAUUCGUGGCCACUGGAAUCGAAAUGGGAAGUUUGCAAACGAUUCCAAGGAAUUGAAACACUGGGUACUAUGUGUCCUUACAUCUUGGUAAAUGGCCCAAUGCAAGUGCUCGUUUCAGAUGUUUCCCUGCUCCAACAUACCUGAUUCUGAUGAACGGGUGACUCGCACGUCUGUGAAUGAUACAUUCAUUUAAAUUGGGCGUGUUGGAGCAGCGUCAAAGCAGAAGAUUGAUUAUUUGGCUUUACAAGCAAAGUCACUCGCCCUUUUAGCAUGAUUCAGGGAAAACAUUAAAACUCUAUCUUAUACCUUGAUUCCACAUAAAUGCGUGUUGGUUGGUUUGUUGAGCAGCAAUAGGUUCAUUUCCGUUCAAAGCCCUAAAAUCUUGUGUGGGUGAUUGAAAAUCAUGCCCUCUGAUGAUUUUUUUUUUAAAUAUUUAAAUCUAAAAAAAGAAGGAGGCAACAUUUAAACAUUUUGAGGAAAUGGGGGGAAAAAGAGUAACCUUUGUUGAGGAAUAUGUAAAAAUAUAGACGACUCUGUGCACCAAGAAGCUUGAUAAACUAAACUGUCCCAGUCUAACGAACCUGACAAUCAGACUGAUCACUAUGUUUUGAGCUGAUUUUCAGGUCAAAACUUCAUAACUCGCCACCACUGUUAUUAAAAUGAUGAGUAGCUGUGUUAAGGCCAGGCACAGGAUUCCUCCCCUGAGUCCUCUGACAGUUCACCAGAAUCUGCACUGACUGGAAGUCAUGUCUGAAACACAACAGACCCCAGCAGACGGGAAGAGCAGCGGUGAAGAGAGCGAGAGAUCAGUCAAUGCUGACCUUUAUUUCAGCCCUCACCUGCAGCCAUGACUGAAAGAAUGAGGUGGUGAAUACAAGCGGCCAAAAUAGGCUUCCUCCAAAAGGUGACUGGGCUCAUCUUUACUGAUGGGAUGAGAAGUUCAGUAUACAUUGCGGCUUAUAGGGGCAGCCCCAAGAAUUAGUGGAGAGAUUACAUCCUUCCAGUGAGUUACUAUGAAAGUUUUACAAUUCAACUCUGUAAAGUGUCUCUAUAUAAUGUAGUGAUAGACUUCAUCAGAAUUUGAGUGUCAGAAUGUUGAGAUAUGUAAUGCAACAGGCUUGUUUGUCUGUGUUUGUAUGAUGUCAGUGUCAGUUAUAAGGUAUCCAGUGGAUGUCCGAUUAAUGAAUGGCAGGACAGAGGUGAUAGUUAUUCAGUUAGUCCUGUCCAUCACAUGACCCUUACGCUGCUGGUCCUCCAGUGCUCUCUCAUCAGUUUUAAAGGCUGCGUUCAUUUGGUUAAACUAGAUUAUCUAAGAGAAAACAACCAUCUUAUUGCCAGAUCUCAGCAAUUACUCUGAUGAGUACAGCAUCAAUGUAACCUAAAAGUACAACGGUGAACACUGUGAAAACAAGUUGUAGUAUAAAAUAAACGUACUUUGUUCUCGAGCAAUAGUUUAUUGAGACUGUAAAUAAGUAAAUGAGGAAAGUUGUGAACCAGAGAAGCCUCUUAUCAAACUGACCUACCGAACUAAUCACCAUCAGCGUCGAUCGUGCUGGUCUGAACAUGUCUAAGCCCAGCACUAAUCCGUCAAAAGCCCAUUCAUCUCCUUGUGCAAACAAGUGGUAUUGUGGCAAUCAAAAAGAAAGAAUAAUCUCCGGUAAAACCCAGAUAACCCUUACCCAAAACCCCACAGUACAAACAAUCAUUUAAAGUAACCCCUAACCCUAAUCCACGAUCAGAACGCACAAAAACACAAUUUAACAGAGACUGUAGCUUGUCUUAACAAGGAAGAAGAGAGCUGUUUUUUAAAGUGAUUUUAACUGUAAACAGUUUGACUUUUGCCAUUUUUUGAGUCUUAACAAUUUGUAAGAGUUUACGUUAUCUUAAACAAAUAGUAUGUAUGAAACUAAAGAUCAACCAUCAGUUUCUUUCUCAGCUUCUCUGUCUGUAUCAGUUCAGCCUCUCCAGCUCCGAUAGUUCUCACAGGUCAGUCAUUCGUAGGAAUGCAUUAAAGCACUUUAUUGUUCUCUAUAUUCAGUAUGACUUGAAUUUUUCAAAAUGUUUUAUUUCUGAUUAAAAGGAAAGAAGCAGUUUUGCUGUAGGUGUCCUGCUGUAAUGAAUCUUCAUUUUUCAUGUGCACUCCUCUUAAAGCGACACGUGGCCUUUUGUAAACUCCAUUUGCUGUUUUAUUCUUUGGUUUUACGGUAG